UGCUUGUGUGUGUGUGCGGAAACGGCGAAAGAUGGCGGAGGUGGCGCAGGUGACUGGGCUGCGACCCAGCAUUGGCCCAUCGACGGGCGGAACCCUGGUGACGAUUCGAGGAUCCGACCUUGGCGACUCUGAGGAAGACAUUCUCGAUGUUACAAUUGGAGGCGUCUCUGUGAGGAGCUCAUUGAGGUACUUUUCAUCCUCAAAGCUGCAGUGUUUCACUGCGCCGUGCUCGCAGCCUUCAGGCCCCGUCGUGGUCACAACAACGGCAGGCAGGGGCGUGUCGCACGUGACUUUUGUCUUUGAGCAAGUCGAAUCUGAUGACGACGAGGAUCCGCCCACCAUAGGCAUGCUGACGGAGAGCCGCGUGUGGAAGGAGGAGGUGCUGGAUGACACGUUUGGGCUGCGGCUGGCACCGGCAAGCAGCAUUGACCGCGAUCCGCUCAAUCUCCAGCUCGAGGACACGCGCAAACCCCUUCGCGGCGAAAUCAAAUCGCGGGUGCAGGCGCUUGAGGAGCAGGAGGGCGGAUCGCACGUGCUCUCCGACCAGCACUUCAGCCCGGCCCUCUGUCUCGUCAAACUCUACCGCGACUGCACCCGCAACGAGCUCGAACGAGGGCUGCGACAUCUGGAGCGGAUGGAGGAGGAGCACGAUCGAAACUUGAAACAGCUCAUCAACGUGAGCUCGUCCACGUUUGUGUCGGCAUUUGAUGCCGUUCUAAAUGCGAAUCGCCGCAUCAAGUUUCACAAGCGCACGCUCAACUCGGCCUCAAUCACCAGCAAGCUUGCAGAGAGCAUCAGCAAGUUGGAGGAGACGACGCACGCGACGUACGAUGCAAUUCUGGAGCGGCAGAAGGAGGCGAACCAGCACCGAGCCAUGCUGCACGUGCUCGCAACACACCGCUUCCUCUUCAACCUCCCGCGCAGCCUGCGCGAUUCGAUUGCACGGGAGGAGUGGGCACAGGUCAUUCUUGAUCUUGGGAAAGCGAGAAAACUCUUCAGCGACCCCGCCGUCAGCGCUUUCCACCAGGUGAAGGCGACGAUUGAGGCAAUCGCUGGGGAGGUGAAGGCAACGCUCUACAGGCGGCUGUCAGCAAUGCCGCUGCCGCUCACCGCCAUUGAGGAGAUCACAGCCCACCUCCUCGCCCUCGAUCCCCAAUCAGAACCAGGCUGGUACGCGAUCCAGCAGCUGCAGAGUUUCAUUCUGUCGGAGAUGGAGCGGCUGGUGGGACAGCUUGCAAACGCAACGUCACUGGUAAGGUCCUCGCUUGAUGCGGCGAAUGCAGAUGAGAGCACGCGGGAACACGACACGCGCACGCAACUCACGUUGCUGCAGGCGAAGCAGCGCAUUGAAGACGCAGAUAAGCCACCGCGGAUUCUGUUUGCUGAGCAUGUGUGUGCGGUUGCGAUGGAGUUUUGCCCAAUGCUGUGGCGCCUCGCAAACUCAAGCUACCCGCCUCUCGACGAGGACGAGGCCAGCGGUAGCCAGCCAACAACACCGAGCCGAAAGCGUCGGCACUCGACGAUGUACCAGUCGAUGUUUGAUGCGUCCGAUCAUUUACAGAUGGAUAUGCAACGCCUUCUCGUCCGCCGCAAGCAGAUUAAGGACUUUGUGGAGACGGCGACGCUUCGUGCGACGUCACUGCUGCGCCAAAAUCUUCUUCGCGCGCAGGACGACGAAUCACUCGAGCACGCAAACGCGCGCAUCCUCCUCCCGCGAUUGGCAUCCCGCAUCAGCGGGUGCUGUAAAGUGAUGCGGGCAGAGAAGUUGCCUGAGGAAUGCGUCACCGGGUUUGAGGGUGUGCUCUCGGAGCUCCACCUCUUCACCAUCCACACCGUCUUCCGUCUUGCCGAGAAGGAGAUUCGACAACUGUGCGACAAGGAGGACUGGCAGCCGCUCGAAGAUGGCACACGCACAACACUGCCUGAAAAGUUCUUGCACAUUCUUACAGACACGCUACACUCGCUAAAAGAGUUUGCGAGCGCCAGCACGGCAACAGCCGAUGCACUGGACCAAGUGAACGUGGAAGCGCUGCUGUCGUCGACGUUCUCGUCGUUUGCAGAUGUGUUGGAGCAGCUGGCAAUGGCGCCUGUUCCUGCACACACAUCGCGCUCACAAUCGAUGAGCGGGCUGGAUGAGGAUCGUGGAUCUGUGUCGAGUGGCGUUGAUGAGACGACACGACGCAUACACACGCUGCAGCACCGCCUGCUGUGCAUCAUCAGCAACACGUUCUACACCCGCGAUGUUGUUGCCGGCACCCUCACCGCCGACCUGGACGAACUGCGCGUGGAUCUCAGCGAUCUCUUUGACGCGACGCUGGAGAAAUACUCUGAGCUUCAGCGCAGACUCAUGGACAAGUUGGUAGAUGUGCAGGCCCAGUCCUUCGUCACUAUCCUCCGUCACAACGCAGCAGCCGGCCUCAAGAGUCUUCCGGCCACACUUUCGAUUCGGCCGUAUGUGAUGCUGAUUCUCUUCGACCUCGUUCUUCUCCACCACGAAAUCACAAACACGGCAAAAGGGUUCACCGGGCGCAUUCUGGCUGCGAUCACGGAGCAGCUGAGUACGGGCAUGUUACAGGCCGUGCGUCAAGUUGUCGGCGCCCCUCCCCGCGUUAUUACGCAGCUGCACGCGGAAGUUGUUGUGUUCCAGCGUGUUCUGCACGCGUUUGACAACGAGACGAGCCUCUGGUCGGGUGUUCUCAAGGUGUUGGCGUCAAAGGCGGCAAAGGCAAAGCGAAACAGCAGCAGCGGCGGCGGCAGCAGCAGCAGCAGAGGCCGCCAGCUGCCAACGCCUGGUCGCCACUCUCCAACAGCAGCGGCGCCACCCCUCACCAUCUCAGCGGAGAUUGAGGCAGCGGUGGACGCGUUCAUGCGGCGGUCACGCGUGCAUCUCCACUGCCUCAUGCAGCAGGACUCCGAUCUCUCAGAUUCCGAUGUCGAGGUGUAGCCAACAAGUGCACAUAUACACACAUGCAUACACAUGCACACAUACACGCAAAAAACGCAUGUGGCUGGGCCAUUGUUGAAACGCCCACUUUUUCCCCUCUCAUCCAUGUGUACAUAUGGAGAUUGAACGACGUGUUGCUCAGGCUGUGUGACAUUGUUUGUGGU